AUGUUCUUGGAGGAGGGAUCAUCUUGGGAAGGCUCUAAGAGAUACUGCAUUAAGACGAAACAUGUGGCCAUUAUCUGUGUAGUGGUGGUGGCUGUCGGAUUAAUAGUAGGACUUUCUGUGGGUCUGACCAGAUCAUGUGACUCUACAGAGAGCGGACAGGGCACGACCCAGGCUCCUUCCCACCUGCCUCCCGUUACCAGCCCUCCACAGGACCAGGGGGUCUGCCCUGCCAGUGAGGAUGAAAGCGGAGGCUGGAAAGAUUUCAGGCUGCCGGACUUCAUCAAGCCAGUGCACUACGACCUGGAGGUGAAGCCGCUGAUGGAGGAGGACACGUACACCGGCAGCGUGGACAUCUCCAUCAACGUGAGCUCACUCACCCGGUACCUGUGGCUACAUCUCCGGGAGACGAGGAUCACCAAGCUCCCGGUGCUGAGGAGGCCGUCUGGGGAGCAGGUUCAAGUCAGGCAGUGCUUCGAAUACAAGAAGCAGGAGUAUGUGGUGGUGGAAGCAGAAGAAGAGCUCGCGCCCAGCGCUGGCGAAGGUCUCUACCACCUGAUCCUGGAGUUCGCCGGCUGGCUGAACGGCUCGCUCGUGGGAUUUUACAGAACGACAUACGUGGAGAAAGGACAAACCAAGAGCAUAGCAGCCACUGAUCAUGAACCAACAGAUGCCAGGAAAUCCUUCCCUUGUUUUGAUGAGCCCAACAAAAAGGCAACAUAUACGAUAUCCAUUGUCCACUCCAAAGAAUAUAAGGCACUUUCAAAUAUGCCAGUGGAGAAAGAAGAGUCGGUGGAUGAUAAAUGGAAUCGGACAACUUUCCAGAAGUCUGUUCCCAUGAGUACUUACCUGGUGUGCUUUGCGGUACAUCAGUUCGACUCUGUAACGAGAAUAUCAAACAGGGGGAUACCUCUCACUAUAUAUGUCCAGCCAGAGCAAAAGCACACAGCCGAAUAUGCUGCAAACAUAACUAAAAGUGUGUUUGACUAUUUUGAAGACUACUUUGCUAUGAAUUAUUCUCUUCCUAAAUUAGAUAAAAUUGCUAUUCCAGAUUUCGGCACUGGGGCUAUGGAGAACUGGGGACUCAUCACUUACAGAGAAACAAACCUGCUUUAUGACCCUGAUGAAUCUGCCUCAUCAAACAAACAGAGGGUGGCUGCUGUGAUAGCCCAUGAGCUUGUGCAUCAGUGGUUUGGAAAUAUUGUGACCAUGGAAUGGUGGGAAGACUUGUGGCUAAAUGAAGGAUUUGCUUCCUUCUUUGAGUACCUGGGAGUAGACCAUGCAGAAAAAGACUGGCAAAUGCGUGAUCAGAUAAUACUUGAUGAUGUAUUACCUGUGCAGGAGGAUGAUUCUUUGAUAUCUUCACACCCAAUUGUAGUCACUGUGACAACUCCUGAUGAAAUAACAUCUGUUUUUGAUGGAAUUUCCUAUAGUAAGGGAGCUUCCAUUCUGAGAAUGCUUGAAAACUGGAUAACACCAGAGAAAUUUCAAAUAGGAUGUCAGAAUUACUUGAAAAAACACAAAUUUGAGAAUGCCAAAACUUCAGAUUUCUGGGCAGCACUUGAAGAGGCAAGUAAUCUCCCAGUGAAAGAAGUAAUGGACACCUGGACCAAUCAGAUGGGUUACCCUGUACUUAAUGUGAACAAUAUGAAGAACAUCACACAGAAACGCUUUCUGUUGGACUCGAGAGCUAAUUCUUCCGAGCCACAUUCAGCUUUUGGUUACACAUGGAAUAUUCCAGUUAAAUGGACUGAAGAUGAUGAACAAAGGAUUACAUUAUACAAUAGGUCAGAAACAGGAGGAAUCACUUUGGAAUCUACUCUUAGUGGAAAUGCUUUUCUCAAAAUAAACCCUGAUCAUAUUGGCUUUUAUCGUGUAAAUUAUGAAGUGUCAACUUGGGAAUGGAUAGCUACCAAUCUUUCCAUCAACCACACGGACUUUUCUUCUGCUGAUCGUGCAAGUUUUAUUGAUGAUGCUUUUGCCUUGGCACGAGCUCAGCUUCUAACUUAUAAGGAGGCUCUGAACUUGACCAAGUAUCUCAGAGAAGAAAAGGAAUAUUUACCAUGGCAGAGAGUCAUUUCAGCUGUAACCUAUAUUAUUAGCAUGUUUGAAGAUGAUAAAGAGCUAUACCCUGUGAUUGAGAAAUACUUCCGAGAUCAAGUGAAGCCCAUUGCAGAUAUUCUGGGAUGGAAUGAUGUUGGAGACCACCUCACAAAAUUACUCCGUGCCUCUGUAUUAGGACUGGCGUGCAAGACGGGAGACAGCGAUGCCUUGAACAAUGCUUCCCAGUUAUUUCAGGAGUGGCUAACUGGGACUGUAAGUCUUCCUGUAAAUCUCAGGCUUCUGGUAUAUCGGUAUGGUAUGCAGAACUCUGGCAAUGAGACUUCAUGGAAUUACACUCUCGAGCAAUACCAGAAAACGUCAUUAGCUCAAGAAAAAGAAAAGCUACUGUAUGGAUUAGCAUCAGUGAAGAAUGUUACUCUUUUGUCAAGGUAUUUAGAUUUACUCAAGGACUCAAACCUUAUUAAAACACAGGAUGUGUUUACAGUCAUUCAAUACAUCUCAUAUAACAGCUAUGGGAAGACUAUGGCCUGGAAUUGGAUACAACUCAACUGGGAAUAUCUAGUCAACAGGUAUACACUCAAUAACAGAAACCUUGGCCGGAUUGUGACUAUAGCAGAGCCAUUCAACACUGAACUACAACUCUGGCAGAUCAAGAGCUUUUUUGAAAGAUAUCCUGAAGCUGGAGCGGGACAAAAACCUAGGGAGCAAGUACUGGAAACAGUGAAAAACAAUAUCGAGUGGCUAAAACAAAACAGGGACACCAUAAGAAACUGGUUUCUUGAUUUGAAUGGUUAA